ACGAAAAAAGGCCUUCUGAGCAUUUUUUACAAAUUAUGCAUCUCAAAGACCAUAUGCAACUUGAUCACUUGCGCAGCGUUUUUGAUGUGGUCGGCUCCGUGUACUUUAUUAAACUUAUAUUAUCUUCCAUAUUGGGCAAAUAUUUUGUGGGGGCAACUUGCUGGUUGGGGAGCUUAUAUUACAGGAAUUUGUAUACAAGUUUGCUUAUCUCUCAACAGGUUUACUGUGACUUACUUUCCUUUUUCAUCCAACAGAAACAAUAAAAUUCUCAAUAUUCGAAUCAAAAACAGCUCAGUAGUAUCAAUAUCUAAAAAUGCGGACCUUGGCAAAAAACGAAAGCUCAUGUUUGCCCAGAGCGUCACUCAGGAUUGCUUGCACAUGCUCGCAUGUCAAGUCAUUUACAAGUUCAACGACGCUCUCUGGUUCCAAUUCAUUUGCAUGUCCGUUGUGUGGCUCACAAUUCAUGUUUUUGACGGGUUUGUCACUGGGAGAGAAUAA